AUACCUAAUCUUUUCUCCAAAAACCCGUUCCUCUUUUUCCAAAACCAACCUCCUCCUCUCUCUCUCUAGCUUGCUGUAUCUGAGUCUCUUUAUUUGAAACUAGCUGCCUGUGUACUGCCAAAUUAAAUAGAAGAAAAUGGGAGCUCUUGAUUAUUUAUCUAACCUUUGCACUGUUACCAGCAUAAGAAUAAGAAGCAGGAGCAAACGCAAACCAAUGCAGACAGUAGAUAUCAAGGUGAAAAUGGACUGUGAUGGCUGUGAAAGGAGAGUUAAACAUGCUGUUUCCUCCAUGAAAGGAGUGAAAUCUGUGGAGAUAAACCGAAAAACAAGCCGGGUUACAGUUAUGGGGUACAUAGAUCCAAACAAAGUCUUGAAAAGAAUUACAAGAAGAACAGGAAAGAAAGCUGAAUUCUGGCCUUAUGUUCCUUACAACUUGGUGUAUUACCCAUAUGUUUCUCACGCCUAUGACAAAAGGGCGCCGGCUGGAUUCGUCCGGAAUGUGACUCAGGCGAUUCCUCCCCCGAAUGCAAUUGAAGAGAAGUUCACAUCAUUGUUCAGUGAUGAUAAUCCGAAUGCAUGUUCCAUUAUGUAAUUCAAUCAGUGAAGGUUACUGAGUUUUGAAAUGAAAGUGAUCAACUAUCAUUAUAAGUUAAUAUGUUACAGUUUAUAUGUCUAAGAUGAAUUUAAUCAUGUACUAUGAGGGAACUUGUUUCUUUUUGAGAGCUUUA